ACCUAAAACACAACUUGUGAUUGCGUAAAAAUUCAUAUCAUAGCACCUAAGCACUGCGUAAUUUUUUUUAGUGUACCGCAGUUUUUCGGACUUGAGUUAUUGAAACUGUACAAAAUUUUACGUGAAUUUAUAAACAAAUUUUGGUGUAAGUUGUAUCAAAUAAGACCUGUUUCUUGAGUUUGCAUUGAUCGUUGUCGAAAAUUGUAUGUUCACCUCUACUUUCCACCAAGAGAACAAUGCUGAACUUUCUUUGAAACCUUGACGAAUUUGAUGUCGAUGUAAUUUUUUUUGGGAAUUAUUGGACCAGCUUGUGUGUGUUAAUUAAUGUUGAGUGUUUCUUGGGAGUUACUACUAAAAUCGAUAGAUGCAUAGACUUCGUUACUGAUGAAAUUCCAUCAGUUCAAUUUGAUCGGAAAUUUUUCCGAAGGCAACUGUGUAGGAUAUGAUAUUGUUGAUGUUCAGGGAAAAAGGAGCUGCCCUUAUGUUGAAGAUCCCCGCACGUUUUAAGCAAUGUGACCUCAGUGUAUCCCUUGCGUUUGAUUACUGUGACUGCAUUGUCAACAUGGGUACGCGUGCUGCUGCAUUUACAGCCAAAAUUAGAAGUCUGUAUGAUUACCAUCUCAGACUCAUGCAAGGCGUCAUGCCCCCACCAUCGGGGGUGGACAUAGCCAACACAGUGAAAUACUUCUCGCAAACGCUGUUAUCUGUUCUCAAAGACGUUACACAUUCUCCUCUUGAACUCCUCAAAAGGCCGGACAUGGACAAUUUCCGGCUCAGCCUUUUUCCAAGUUUGGACUAUAAAGGUCUUUACAACUCUCUCAUUCCACUCUUGGAAGCGGCUCCACUUAUACAAUAUGGAAUACACGCCUUUGGACAAGCUGUUCUGCAAUGCCUGGGAUGCCUACUUCCGUUCCUUGAGUCCGAUUUGAUUGACAAUCUACCUCAUUUAGCGGCAUCUGCAAUGGUUUUUUUACCUCCGAGCGUACAUCAAGACAUCAUUAAUUCUCUAUGUUUUUAUAUUCUGCCAUUCACAAUUGCUCGUCAUAACAACAGUCAUCACCUGGAAUCAAACGAAGUGAGCCUUUCCGUAUCAGCAGUUAUAAUGAUGGUCUUCCAAUAUUCUUCGAAUCCAGCGCAUCACUGUCAACUUCUCGAAUGUCUUAUGACGUUGAAACAGAACGUUCUCAAAGAUAUUCUGAGCGUUAUAGCCUACGGGACAUCUGCAGCGAGAUCACCUGCAGCCAAACUCCUUUUUUACUACUGGCCAACCUUCAAUGCGAACCUUCUCGACAGGAAAAACCUCAUCGGAAAAAUUGCAGGAGAUCCGAGUCCCUUCGUGUGCCAAAGAGAUAUGUGCCCAAAUGCUGGAAAUGCCGAAGCUGCCAAAGUUUGUUUCGACCACUGUAUAGCAAUAACUUUCGCCAGUGAUACACCCCCACCCCUUUACUUGUGUAUUGAGUGUGCCAACGAGAUCCAUAGAGAGCAUCCAAACCAGAUGUUUUUCGAUAUACUACAUCCAAUGCAACAGGUUUCGAUGGUGUGCGAAAAUAAGAACUGCCGUUCAACAGAUAAAUCUGCAAUUUCUAUUUGUUUCUCAACCGAAUGUGCCAGCUACAAUGGUAAUCAUCCGAUUAGAUAUUGUGAGCAAUGUCACAAUAAUAGACACAAUACUAAACGUGGGGGUGACCAUAUAGUACAUUUUUGCGUUCCACCUACUUGGGAUAUGGACUCAGAAAUGCAAACUUAUAUGGUGGAAGCAAUUAUAAGUUUAUUGAAAGACUCAAAGGUAGAACUAGUUGAAAACAAAGAAAACACUGAAGGUAAAAAUACAGUUCCUACAAUCGAUAACAUAACGAUUGAAGAAAGGCAGCUUCUGGGCAGAUACGGUGUAUGGUUACUUGUCGGCAGAUGCACACCAAAAGAAAACACACCAACGGAGAUAUUGGGCAGACUGCUCUCUAUGCUCUUUCACUGGUUUCAUAUGACGGCGUACUCUUAUGAUGGUAAUGUGCAGAAUGCACCCCUAUGCCAACUUUUCAUAAUGUAUCUUUUGUGCAUAGGAAAGGAAGAGAGUACACUAGAAAAAUUAAAGACUGAGAAUGUUUGUACGUGGCUCAGGGAAAUCAUCAGAACGCACAAUGAUGUUUUUGUUUCGUGUUUACUCCCUCAUCCCCCCGAUUAUGCAAGAGUUGGAGGUCAUUGGGACACUCUAUCCUCCAGAACCUCCCAUCUGAAAGAAGGUCUCAAUAGACUCUUCUGCCUUGUCCCUUACGAGGUCAUUAACCAGGAUAUAUGGGACUACGUUAUGCCUUUCUGGAUGGAAGCAAUAGUUAACGAUGUGCCUGAGAAGGAACUUCUCGAACUCCGUAUUAUUUUGAGUAAAAUUCUAGACACCGAAAUGAGUCCACUCGGAUUCGAUGAUAAAAAGAUGUAUCACUUCGUUGCGGAACGUUUCAAGAAAAACAGUGCCAAAGUGCAGGAACAGGCUCUGCAUUGGCUCCAGACACUGACCCUGCUGGAAAUCGUUAUACCACUGAAAUUGCUUUUCACAAUUUUCGAAGAUGGCGUUCUUCAUAUGAAAGAUGAAACGGAUUCAAAGGAAGAACUUUUAACGCCAUUUCAGGAAACGGAAAUGAUCGACGAAAUAGAAAGAGACAAAAAUACAGCACUUUCUGUAGCCGAAGAUGAAGAUUCGGCAAAGACGUCCAUAUCAUCGCAUAAUGAAUUAGAAAAUGACGCAGAGCACAAUUUAUCAUGUUGCAUAAUUAUGCUGGACAUACUUCUGAAACAAAUGGAGCUUCAGAAUAUAGACAAACACACAGGUCUCAAUUCUUCGCUCUGCAAAGACGUUUGCUGGUUGUUGAAGUGUAUGAUCACCACAGCUUGGAUUGGAACCCAUACUUGCAAUUCCAAAUCGGAAUGUACCCACUGCGAAUCCUGCGUUAUGUGGCACCAAUUAUCCUUGCAACUGGUCAAAUAUCUGUCUCCAAUCUACCCAGCAAGACCACCCGAUCCUCCACUCGAAGAAACAUUGGAGGACCCCACAAACAGGAAGAGUCCACCAGAGAGUGACAAGAAGGAGAAAUCCGAGGUGGUGCUAAAUAUGCCAAUGCCAGAGAUUCAUUCGAUUGGUGGAGUAUUGGUUCAUAUGCCCCACGUGUGUUCUAUAAUGACAGCUACGGUCGAAACUGUAUCUGAACAGUUGGAUUUAGCAGCAAUUAUACCAGCUGAAAAAGUUGUGUCUGCUGUUGCACGUGCGAUUACUUUAUCUGAAACUGAUGUUGCAACAGCUACCGCUCAAAUAGCCAAACCCCAACUUAUAGGUGAAAACGAUGAACCAAUCGAACAAGACUCGAGUGAUGAUUUCGAUAAUUUCUGGCAAACUUCUGUUGGAAAGUUCAAAUUCAAUUUCGAAGAUUUGCCACAACCCCUUCAAUAUAUUCAUCAACUUUUACAGGAGUUAUCGAAAGUUGAUAAACCUGAAAUAAUGUACUACAUGCUUCAGUGUUUGAAUAUUCUCAUACUACAUGGAGAUGCUUGUACGAAAGCAUCUAAAGAACACAGAGGGUUUUUUAUAUGGUGCCAGGAAAAUUCGCUAAUAAAAAACUUAUGGGAAUUGUGCAGUUCCGAAUACUCGCAUAUUUGCCAAGAAGUAGUGCCUUUACUAUUACAUUGUAUAACAUUACCAGCAGGUUCGGAUGUGUUUUGGAGACUGAUUCAGGAAGACUUUCACAGCUCUGACUGGUGUGUACGUUUCACAGCUGUCGAAAGAGUCACUGUUAUUGCCCGUUUCAUGGAUUCCACCCCUUUGCGAAAUAUUUUGCCCCUACAGGCUGCUUUAGCUAAUGCCUUUUGUUAUCUUAUCUCCAGUAUGGACGAUACUAAUAUAUAUGUAGCUCAAAGAGCAACUUUGUACCUGGGAACUAUUCACGAUUCCGCAAUAAAAUCGUUGAUUAUGUGUUUAGAAACUCAAUUCGAUACUGUAAUAAUCGAUAGACCAAUGGUACUGCAAUCAUUAUAUCAACUCCAUAAUUCCAUAAGCGAACGAAAAAUUUUGACAUGGGACUUUUUUCUGAAUCGUUUUGAUACCUUAUUUCUCGAAGCCCAAGUGAACUUAGAAAAAUCUGGUGAUAUUUCGUAUUUAAGAGAUUUAAGAAACUCGGACAUAAAUAGCGAAGCAUUCCUCCGAAAAUUACAUAGAGCACAUGAGGCCUUAUCACAAUCAGAGGGAAGUGCAACAAGUUCUGUCAAAACAUUAAGUGCAAGUUUUGGAACUAAAUGGCCAUACAAAAGGACUAUGUCAGCACCUGCAUCAAUCAUCACGAAACAGGAGAAUAAGGUUGUUUCAGAAACGAAAGAAAAGAUUUACAAUCGACAAUAUUCAGCACCGAUUUUAAAGAGGAAAAGUUCUCGUUUUGGACUCGGUCAGUUUUUAGGCACUAGUAACAGCAUUCAAGACGGUCAUAUGCAUUCCAUGAAUGUAGUAGAUGAUCAGAACAUCCUCACAUUUCUCCAAAGAGUGAUUGAUCUGGAGGAAGCGGACAAAGAAACUAUGCAUCUCCUGGUCUUCCUACUCAUGCAAUUCCUAUCGAGAUCUGACCAAGCUUAUCCAACGGAGGAAAAAUACUUGUCUAAAAUACAGGGCAUAGUUUUACGUCAUUUAUACUUACUACUGGGUUACAGUCAAAACGACAGAGGGAUUUAUUUAACGCCCCAGCGUUUGAGAAACUCCCCAGCUUUCACGGUGUUCAUUUCCAAUCUACCGCAGGUUCUUGACCAAAAUCACAUGAUGGGUAGAUUACUGAUUCCAACAUGUUUGAUCCUUCUUCAAUACGCACCUUCCCCUUAUUACAUACCGAAUACUAUCGAAUUCCAACAGCCAUCAUACAGUUUGCGAGCUUUGGAUUCUCAUUUUAGAAAGCACUGGCUGAUGUCCUUGGUCGUCAUGCUGUACAAGUAUCAAUACAAUCAACAACCCCAUUGUAUGCAGCUGAUAGCGCUGGUCAGAAUAGUUCUGAAUACUCUUGAUUCUCAACAUCAUCACUGCAGAAGAAUUGCAGCAACUAUAAUAAUGGGAGCUCCACCAACCAGAUCCAGAGAUGUUAGUCAACCAUCUUUGGGCACUGAAAACGACCAUGCUGAGAGGACCACUCCCCCAUUAUCCCCAAUGUACUCCUCCGAUGGGCAGUCUGUCCAAGUUUCCUUAGGCUCUAGGGGAUCUAAGACCCAAGUUAUAUACGCCAAACCCUAUUCAACUACUAGCAUGGAAACCCACUGGGAAGAAACGGUGCAGUGCUUACGAAACGAAAAGAAAUGGGAAAAACCCGAGAAGAAAAUAACGGAAAUAGCAGAUGAUGAUACGGAGUCAGAGCUGAUAACAAUUCCUGAGAGCGAUCAAUCUGAUAGUACCCUUCAGGGUAGUGUUCAGGAUUCUUUUGAGGAGGUUCCUGAAGAUUCGUUUGGUGAAAGAUUGUCUAAAACAUACGCAACGAUAAAAAUACAGGAUCAACUGGAAUAUAGGACACCGAAAGAGAAUAUGUUAAAUUCCCAAUCCUCAUGUAAAAGACCAACAUGGAUAAUCGGUGAGGAUUCCGACUCCCACAAAUCUUUCACAACAAAAAAUGGAAAAAAGGAAGACGAUACCGAUUCCAGUAAAGGAAGUUACAGUUGCAAUAAGGUACACACCAAGCAUGUUCAAUUGAACAAUAACCAUAAAAUAACAGAUUGCCAUAGACAGUCAUCCAAUUCAAGUGAUUCCAAUAAACAUAGUAGACCAACUCCUUUAGGAAAACAUAAAAAAGUUAUAGAGCCUAGCAUAACUCCAGUUUGCACUCCGGUAUCAGACUGUGAGGACUGCUUCAAGAAUAACCAACAGUUGCUGUCCACGCCAUCAUUGGAAAGACUGCUGCCAAUAGGAUCUUCAAGAAUUCCAGAGAAAACCUUCGUGCAGACUUUGGAGUCCCAGCUGGAAAUACCAAAUCAAGAGAGGCUCUUGCCAAUAGGGCACCACACGAAGGAUAUUUCCCAAUUGGUGGAAAAGGUACGACAAGCACUAGACCUCAACCCAAUACCUCAAAAGACUGACAAUAAAGUAGAUUCAACCGGUAAAAAACAAGCAGGGCAAGAGCCUAUUAGUUUUAUGCCUCACAGUCCUCGAAGACUGAUCAAACAGGUGGCACUUGAAAGUCCUCCUAAUCAAAUGGACCAAGAGGACGUUGCCUCACUUUAUAGAGCCAAUCGACUGGACCAGCAAAGGGAGAAUUUGAACAACCAGCGUCAAAGGAUAAGAAAAGCUGGACCAUUCACUAUGGGAUCUUACACUUUGUGCAAUCCUAGAAAACCAGGAUCUUGGUUAAGUCCACAGUUGUCACCUGGUCCUGAAGGGCAAGAUUUAAAGAGAAGUUCUUCGAGGAUGGGUGAAGAAUGUAUUGGUGAGAGAUGCCCGGAGUGUGGGGCGGUCAGGGAGGAAUACAGCGAUGAGGAAAUUGGAUUGUGUAUAGUUAUUUUAGGGACGUUCAUUCAUCGGGAGCCUACUUUAGCCGCCCCUCUACUGCCAGACAUUUUGAGCAUUGUUGGAAGAAUUGCGACUAAUCCGCUAUAUCCUUGGCAGAGUGAUAGCAAUAUCCAUUUACCAGGCGGAGCUAUCAGUGUAGCCCAUCAAUUCUUGAGAUGUGUGUUACAUCAGUUGGCUCCAAACGGUAUAUUCAUCCAAAUGUUCCAAACGAAAGCAUCGGAAAAGUUACGUAUACAAUUUUUCAAGAGCGUGAUACAAGCUCUCAUCGAUUUCAACGAACUUAAUCCAAUUGCACCCUUACAGCUUCUACUGGAAAUGAUGAAUUCCAAGAAAACACUUCCUAUAGAUACACUUCCAACAAUUCUUCAAAAUAUUUCUUUCUAUUUAAACUGUCUGCCAUUGGAGGCAGGCUUGGGUCCUAGUGCUCCAAUGUGGAGUACAGUUUUCCAGCAAUUGGAAGCAUUAUUCAGGAGGAUCUUGUUGAUACUGAAUAUUCUGGAGGACGUUUCUUCCCUAUUGAAAAUAAUGGUAUCACUGUUCAAAAUUCCACCCAUAACACAAUACAGGGGCAUCUUGGAACCUUUCUCGAAAAUAUUGAGCUAUGCCAUCCAGAACCAUCAACUCAAAUACAGUUGUUUAGUGGAGAUUUGUUACCUUUGCAACCGGGCUUUCACUAAGGAGAGAGAUAAACUAAUUUUAAGUCGAAUGGUUGUUUUCGAACUAGUGCAAGCUCUGAAAUUCAAAACAACAAUACCGGAUUCUAACCUUUUGAUGCUCAUCAAUUUGAUUCUCCAGGACAUCGGAGGUUCAAUUCCCACCAAUGUUGCAAUGAAAGACUGGAAAAACUAUGGGUUGGAUUAUAUGCCUUCGUGUACGACAGGUAUUUCAGAAUGCAUGAGGCUUCAUCUGGCAGAAAUUCUGGAGUUUCUAACAGACUUCCACACUAUAUCCAAAAUGAAGAGCUACUGCAAAGGUAUUAAUGUUGGCCUAAAUGACGAUACGAUAGGAGGCAUCAUAAAAUGCAGCGUGGCUCAGUAUUUAGCUUUGGAAAUAACAAAGGGUAAUGGAAGAGAUAACAGGGCUGUCAGUAAAUAUCUGCCAUGGUUAUACACAGCUUCAACAUCUCAACAGAGUCCUAGGGAGUUUGUAGAAUGCAUUGGGCAUAUAAGACUACUGUCAUGGAUUUUAUUAGGGUCCCUCACGCAUAGUGCUCUGCAAGGAGUGGGAGUAACAGUAAGCCAGCCUAUACCCCAGGAGGCGUCUUGUCAGAUAGCAGAUCACAUUCAAGUGAUAAUGAUUGGAUUUGCUGAACAACCUAAGGCUUCCAUACUUCACAUGUCAUCAUUAUUUCACACUUUUAUUUUGUGUCAGCUAUGGACUGUUUACUUGGAACAAGGAUUGACAAAUCAUCUACCAAGCACUGAGGCUUAUACAGUAACAAUGAACAUCCUUUUCGAUUUUUGGGCUAAAGUUACACCCUGUAUAUUGCAACUCGUCCAGCAUUCGAAGAUGUUGAGUGAAAUUGUGAGCCUACACUUCUUGAGUAUGAUAGAAGCUUUACUAGAAUGUCAAUCUACAUUUGUUGGAAAAUUAUUACCGCUGUGGACUCCCGUAUUAUGCUCGAAUCAAAUACAAUUGCCAGGACAUCUUCAAGUCAGGUUACAAUACUGUAGGAAUUCCCCACCAUCAACUCAAUCAGAAAAUAUGAACCAUCCUGAGAAAGCAAAGAUAAAUCUGAAUAAUGUCUUAUUAUUAAAAUGGCUGCAAAGACUCCAAUUCAAAAUGGGUCAAAUAGAGCUACAGUCUUCAACAGCUACCCAUUUUUAUUCCCUUUAGCUAAAAGAUGUUUUUUAUGAUUUGGUCAGAUUAAGAACGAGUUAUAGGGUAUUAAUUGAAAUUUUUAAAUUGUUACUUCAGUUGAUGUUUACUCUGAGGAUGACAUUGUUGAAAUAAAAGUUAUUUUCACAA